GAUUCCUGCAAUCCAAGAUGAAUACGCUCAGUGAUAUGCGCCAUAGUCAUCUGGAUACACAUACCGCAUCAUUCAAAGGCGACGUGAAGCCCAAAAUAAUCGUUGUUUUGGGUCCAACCGCAACAGGGAAAACUGAGGCAUCCAUAGAGCUUGCUCUCAAACUUAAAACGCACAAUAUCACAGCUGAGAUCAUAAACGCUGAUUCCAUGCAAGUAUACAAGGGCUUUGAUGUGGGCACAGCAAAGCCAACGCUAGAUCAGAUGCAAAGGGUCAGGCAUCAUCUCCUAGGAACAGUGCCCCCUACCCAAAUGUACAAUGCAUCCCAGUAUGUACAUACAGCUCAAUCACUUAUCGCAGAGAUCCACGCCAACAACGUUCUUCCCAUUAUUGUAGGAGGGACCAAUCUCUAUAUCGAAGGAUUACUAUGGCCUUCGAUCCUUGACAUGCGCCUACAAAAUUCUGAAACCACAGAUGCUUACCAUGGGAAAUCUGUUGUACAAUUGUACGAUGAACUUAUGAAACUUGAUCCACAAAGGGCAGCUAUGCUGCACUGCAAUGAUCGCAAGAGAAUUACGAGAAGUUUGGAUGUCAUUAAAACCUCCGGAAUGAAGCAUAGUGAUCUUAUAGCCGUGCGACUUAGUGAGAAACAGGAAGCAGGGUCCAAAUACGAUUCAAUUCUAUUUGCUAUGCACUGCGACCCAACAGAACAUAGAAAGAGAAUUAAAAGGAGGUGCCACAAAAUGAUAGAGGACGGUAUCGUCGACGAAUGCAAGGAGCUCAUUAAUUUAAUCGAAACCAACGCAAUAGACAAGCACAAGGGCAUAUGCCAGAGCAUAGGUUACAAGGAGUUGAUUCCUAUUAUACGGGAUACCAUUGGCAACAAUGCCGAUAUUGAUGAACAAACGAAGGAAUUGUGCAUAGAAAAGUUAGAAAUUGCAACUUGGCAAUACGCUAGACGUCAAAGGACGUGGAUCACAAACCGAUUCAAGAAGUCCCAGAUAACGAGGGUUAUUGCCAUUGAUACCACUGAUGUUGCUCUUUGGAAUGAUAAAGUGAUAGGAACAAUGGAACGUGAGGUCCUGAUGUGGUAUAACGCAAAAGAAAAUUAGCCAUUUUGAUGCGA